CCAUCGCGCUUCACAAAAUCACUUUUGACUAACCUCAACGUCCAUAUCCCUUCAUGCAACAAUUCAUCACAAAUUAAGAAAAAAAAUUAUUAAAUUAUUAUCCAUCACAUGUUGAACGUUUCAUAAUUAUACACGGAACUUUCAUACAUCUUUCUUCAAACAUUUUUUCCACACGCACAAAACACACUAUUAGUAAAUUCAACUCAAACUAUAACACAUACAUGUUUCAACUUUCAAGAAAACUCAUCACAUAUUCACAUCAAAAACUAUAGCAAACUUCAAUUCAACUCAAUUCAUCAACAUACUCAUGGAUUUAGUGUUAUUAUUAUCGUUAUUAUUAUUAUGUUUAAUUUCACAAUCACAUAGAAGCUAUGCUUCAAGUUCAUUCGGUUUUGACAUCCACCAUCGUUAUUCCGAACCGGUCAAGGGUAUUUUCGGUAUUGACAACCUACCUGACAAGGGUACUCGUGAAUAUUACGUUGCUAUGGCCCACAGAGACCGCGUGUUUCACGCUCGCCGCCUAGCAGACGGCGGUGAUAUUGAUCAGAAACUUCUUACGUUUUCUCCCGAUAACACCACCUACCAGAUUUCCUCCUUUGGAUAUUUGUAUUUUGCAAAUGUUUCUGUUGGAACACCGUCUUCGUGGUUUCUUGUUGCAUUGGAUACUGGAAGUGACUUGUUCUGGCUCCCUUGCAAUUGUACCAAAUGUGUACAUGGUGGUCUACAGACAUCAUCGGGACAGAAAAUUGAGUUUAAUAUCUAUGAUAAUAAGAGAUCAUCCACUAGUAAAAAUGUUGCCUGCAAUAGCAGCUUAUGUGAUCAGCCGGCACUCUGUUCUUCAUCUGGUGGCACUUGUCCAUAUCAAAUUCAAUAUCUAUCAGAAAAUACUUCAACUUCUGGUUUCUUGGUGGAAGAUGUGUUGCAUCUAAUCACAGAUCAUGGUGAUCAAACUAAACAGACUAAUCCGCUUGUUACUCUCGGUUGUGGGCAAGUUCAGACCGGUGCUUUUCUGACUGGGGCUGCUCCAGAUGGCUUGUUUGGAUUAGGAAUGAGUGAUAUAUCUGUUCCAAGUGUGUUAGCCAAACAAGGGCUAAUUUCAAAUGCUUUUUCAAUGUGUUUUGGUGAUGAUGGUUAUGGAAGAAUCACAUUUGGGGAUAAUAAUAAUAAUAGCCUGGACCAAGGAAAAACACCAUUCAACAUUUGGCCAUCGCAUUCAACUUACAACAUCACUGUCACCCAAAUUAUUGUGGGAGGAAAUGUUACUGAUCUCGAGUUCAAUGCAAUAUUUGACACUGGAACCUCAUUUACAUACCUAAACAAUCCGGCUUUUAAGCAAAUUACUCAAAGUUUUGAUUCAAACAUUAAACUCCAAAGGCAUUCAGCUUCUGAAUCUGAUGAUCUUCCCUUUGAGUACUGCUAUAACAUCAGCCCAAACCAGACGACUGUUCAAGUUCCUACUGUUAACCUAACGAUGAAAGGCGGAGACAAUUAUUUUGUCACGGAGCCAAUAAUGAUGGUUAGUUACGGGGAUAGUAACAACAAUGUUCUUUGUUUGGCUGUCUUGAAAAGCAACAAUCUGAAUAUCAUUGGACAAAACUUCAUGACCGGUUACCGUAUAAUCUUUGAUCGCGAGAACAUGACCCUGGGUUGGAGAGAAUCUAACUGUUAUGAUGAACUCUCGAGUUUACCUGUUAACCGAUCGUAUGCUCCUGCUGUUUCUCCUGCUAUGGCUGUGAAUCCUCAAAGAACAUCUAACCAGUCUAAUGGUCCUGAAGUAACACCAUCUAGUCACUCAUUAAAGAUAAAACCUGCUUUUGCAUUUACAGUGGCAAUUUUUCUGCUUUUGGCCAUUUUUUGAGCAUACCUUUAGAUGUUAAGUGUUGUAUUAUUUGGAUUAGUACUAUUUUUUGCAGAAACACCCGAGAGAAGCGAUAUUACUAUACUGUCUAGAGUCUUAAUAGCAUUGAUUUGAUAGGGUUUGUAAAUAAUGUAAACACAUAUAUAGUUGUAUUAGUAUACCAAGUGAUUUAAAUUUUGAUUCUUUA